GGGGAGUCUGAAGGGGCCUAUCUGCGUCAGUGGAGGCGGACAGACACCCCUCCUCACAUGGGUGUGACUUUUGGGGCCAACUGAAUUUAAGUAGGGCCCCGGAGUAAAGCGGCAGUCACCCUCUGAUUCAGGUAGACAGAAAGACGCAGACAUGAGUUUGACAGAGAAGGACAAGGCUGCGGUCAAAGCGCUGUGGGCCAAGAUCUCCAAGUCAUCUGAUGCCAUUGGGGCUGACGCUCUGAGCAGGCUGCUGAGUGUUUACCCCCAGACUAAGACCUACUUCUCUCACUGGCCGGACUUGAGCUCCGGCUCUGCCUCCGUGAAGAACCAUGGCAAGAAGAUCAUGGGUGGUGUUGCUCUGGCCGUGGCCAAGAUCGACGACCUGUCCAAAGGCCUGCUGGAACUGAGCGAGCUGCACGCCUUCAAACUGAGGGUGGACCCGGCCAACUUCAAGCUCCUGGCCCACUGCCUCCUGGUGGUCAUCUCCACCAUGUUCCCGGCUGACUUCACCCCGGAGGCCCAUGUUGCCUUGGACAAGUUCCUCUUCAACUUGGCCCUGGCUCUGUCCGAGAAAUACCGCUAAGCUGUCCGCCGAGGGGAGCGCAGGCUGAUACACACAUGUAGCAACUCCUGGUGAAAUCUAAUAAAACAUGAACUGCACGGCGUGCAAAUCCA